CCUACCUCUUCUCCUCCCCCACCUCCUUGUAUUCAGGAAAGUCUCACGCGCAGAUAAAGAAACAACAAACCUGUUUUAUUCACGUUCAUUUUACACAGGAAUUGAAAAGUAUAAAAAAGUGAUUUAAAACUUUCUUGUGUCCUUUUGACUGUGAUAAGGAGCUAGCUGCGAGAAAAUCAGCGGUGGAGAAGCUUCGAUAAGGGUUAUGGAAGUUGGGCGAGGAGGAGGUCUUAGGGCGUCCGUCUGGCAAGGCCCUCGGAGUGCCAGAGGGUAUUGGCACCGAGUCGCCCGGGUUUAUUUGUUCUCGUUUCUGUCUUGCCCUUUUGGCUGUGGAAAUGCGGGGUCAGUGCAUAGUGUCCUUAUCAGGGGAGACUCUUGGUUAAAGUCUUUUCAAAAUAAUUGGGGUUUGAUUUAUAUGUUUGUAUGUAUGUGUGUGUGUAUGUAUGUACAUAUGUAUGCAUAUACAAGGUAUUCCAUGCAGACACGAACCAAGCUGCCAAAAUCUCUCGGUAACUCUGACAUUACAUCAAAAGGAUAAUAUUUAUAAACAAAAAAAAGUCAGAACUUGAUCUCAUCCCACUUCUGUCAGAACAGGAAGUAUUAUUAACGGAACAAAAGAAACGAAGAACAGUAAAAAAAAAUAAAAAAUAAAAAUAAGAAAACAGAAACAACAAACAUGUUUCCGUUAUAGUCAUGAUAUUCUCAUUCUCUCUCUUUUUUUAUUACAUUCAUUAAUCGUACGUUUUUCCCUCCCCCCCCCCCCCCUUCUGCUGCUGAUGACGAUCAUUAUGGUAAUGCUAUGGAGAGCUUUAAAUGGCUUUUUUUGUCUUUUUUGACUUCUCAAUGGUACUGGCUUGCACCUGGAAUGAAGUUGUGUGACUGUGUUAAGUUAAGUCUGUCAGGCUGGUGAGAGACGGAGGUAAGUAUGACGUAGAGUAGAGGAUAGAUAACGGAGAGAUAAAUAGGGAGAUAAAUAGAGCAUAAGUAACGUAGAUAUGAGAAAUAAAGAAGAAUACAACAAGUAACGGUAGCGAAGGAUAAAUUCUUGAUAGAGAAGAGAAGAUCGUCCAGUGUAAAAAAAUAAAUGUAAAUAUUUUUCUUGAUAAAAAAAAAAAAAAAAAAAAAAAAAAAAAAACAGGGAAAAAGUAAUCACGAAAACAAUGGAAUAAAAGAAAGAUUAGUAAGAAAUCAAUAUCGAAAGAAUAUAAUAACACAUAGAGAAAAAUAAAACGAAAGGGAAAAUAAAAAAAAGUAAUGUGACAUCUUGAGGCAACUAAGGACAAGAAAAAUUCGAAGUACAACAAGAGCGGGCAGGGGUCCCAGUGCAACCAGGCCAUCAUGCUGGUCACCGACGGCGCCCCCUACAACUUCGAGGAGAUCUUCUCCAGGUACAACUGGCCCCACCUCCAGGUCCGCAUGUUCACCUACCUGAUCGGCCGCGAGGAGACCAAGAAGAGGGACCUCAAGUGGAUGGCUUGUGCCAACAAAGGCUACUUCGUACACGUGACGACCUUAGCGGAGGUGCGAGAGCAAGUGCUGAAAUACAUACCUGUCAUGGCGCGGCCGAUGGUCAUGUAUCAGAAUAAACAUCCGCAUAUAUGGACCGGAGUGUAUGCAGAUAUAGCCGACCCCAAACAGACCGACUGGCUUUGGGAACUGCGCGAGAGAAAGAGACAAAUGGACCGGACAAAUAAUUAUAGAAAUCUCAAGAAGAGAGUCGAGAACAGACAGCUGCCUCACGAUUACAUAAUUCGCGAGAGUGAGAAAAUUGAGAAGUUUCUGGAAUACGGAGAGUUUGUACUGACGCCCAGAGACGCCGCGCGUAUGAAGGCUAAACAUAACAGGGAAGCGAGGGGUCGUCGAGGAGCGCCGGGACUGCGCGAGGGAUACAGGCUUAUGACGUCAGUUUCUGUUCCUGUUUUCGACCGCAAGAAAACCUCAGUGAGGACAGCUAACCUGCUUGGAGUCGCUGGCACAGACGUUCCUAUUAGAGAGAUCGAGAAGCUGGUGCCUCCGUACAAGCUUGGUGUCAAUGGCUACUCCUUCAUGGUAAACCAAAAUGGCUACGUACUUUAUCAUCCAGACCUCCGGCCGGUGCACGAAGAAGCAAAUGCUGAGUUCCAAGACAUCCUGAAGCCCAAUUACAACAGCGUCGAUUUUGCGGAGGUGGAGCUGAUCGACCACGAUUCGGGUCCUCGGUCGAACAACUCGGAUCUACUGGAGCUGACAAAAGGGAGAGAUUAUAAUACCAAGCUUCGUCGUGACCUCAUUGACCAGCGAGAACACGAGUCAAAUUUCUCCGUCAAAGUUCAUAUGGACAACAUGAAACGCGUCGUGACGAGGCAGCAGCGGUACUUCACUCAGAAGGUGAAAGGAACGCCCUUCAGCUUGGGGAUUGCCAUGCCUAUGGGCUAUGGCAAGUAUAAGGUGUACGGGCAGGUAGAGCUGUCCAGGGCGAUACAGGAUCCCAGAGGAGUGAAAGUAACUGAUUACUUCACCUCUGGGAACUGGUCUAUCCACCCCGAUUGGGUGUACUGUGAGUACAAGUAUGACCAGAACCGCCCUGACAUGACCCCUGAGGAGCUCAUGAUGGACUUCCUGACCCGUGCCCAGGAGCCCCGCUGGAAGUGGCGUUCCACCCGUACCCGCGCGCCCCCGGAGCCCUCCAUGACCAAACCCCAGUACAGCAGUUGGAAACCUGGUGUUGUAGAGAGCGAGAGGAAAGACAGCUAUUACUGCGACAAAGAUUUGGUUCAAAGCAUGGUCUUCGAUGCGCGCGCCACCAACGUCUAUACGGAGAGGACGAUCGAGGACAAGAUUGCCGAUGAACAUCGUGGACGCCAGAAUUUCGGAAUGACAACAGCGUUCGUGGCGACCCGGAGUGGCCUGACAAGAUGGGUCGACCUCACGAAGCUGAAGCCAGGGGAUACGCCAGAGCCUUCGGAUGAACCACACAUUAUGCAAAUCCACAACCGCGCCAUCGAUGAAGUGUGGUACAAGAGAGCCGUAGAUUAUUACGAAGAGGAUCCAGAUGCCUACGUCUAUUCUGUUCCCUUCGACGCUGCCGCUCAGAAUCCCGAAGACGUGCUCGUAACGGCCACGCGCGCCAUCUUCAUCGAGGAGAACCGGCAUCGCAAGGCUCCGGCGGCCGUCGUGGGCGUCACGAUCAAGCACCAGAAGUUUGUGGAGUACUUCACCAAUGAGACAUAUAAGUGUCCUUCAUAUCCCUCGAGAGAUUCAAGCUGCAAGAAUGCAAAAACCUGUGAGAGUGUUUACCUGGACUGUUACCUCCUCGAUGACAAUGGCUUCAUCAUUGCAUCCGAGAAGAAUGAACACACAGGCAAGUUCUUCGGAACGCUGGAGGGCACUAUAAUGGAGUCGCUGGUCCAGAGUGAAGUCUACAGGAAGGUGAAAAUCUAUGACUACCAGGCAGUGUGCUUGGAUAGUCAAACUGAGCCAAAUCCAGCUUCCAUUCUGCUUACGCCAGUACAAAUGCUGAAAUGGACAGCCAACUGGAUCAUGAGCAACAUCUUCUGGGUGUUGGUAAAGACACACCUCUACACCCUGUGGGACCCCAAUCAAGCCUGGGCCUACACCCACGGGGCUCGCGAGGACAUCUACCCAGACAUCAACAACCCCCACAUGGAGCCAGUGGACUACAAAGAGGUCUUCGAUGAAACCAUUGCAGAUUACUUUUCUGAUGAACCAGCACCAGAGGUUGCAAAAGAAUACCCGGCUGUUGAAGAAAAUGACCUUCCAGAUUAUGAGCCAGGAGAGGAGGGGUCAGGUGAAGCAGGGUUAGAGGAAGAGGAAGACCAAAUUCUUGAGGGUUCAGGCAUGGAGGGCUCGGGGGAGGAACCCUCACCCGACAUCAGCGAGGCAGACUUCGACGAUGGAAUAAAUGAAUCAGAACUCCUGGAAGAGAUAGAUAUAUUAUAUACAGAUUGGGCUGAUGAAGAUGAGGAAGCCUUAUAUACAGAUGAUCCCGAAGACGAUCGCCAGUACUCGGAGGAAUACGAUCACCAGGCCGAGGAUGGAGAUUUCCCCAGCCUUGAGCUUGCCUACAUCAAUAAGACCCAUCCCAGACCCUGUGACAAGGAAGUCGAACUGUACAAGUUGCAGAACCACAAACUCCAAACGGAUGGGAACUACAAGCCUGUAAAGGGCAAGCUGUCCAAUUGCCAUCCCAAUGGCUGUGGGAGGCAUUUCAGCGUACAGAAGGUUGUCUCCACCAACCUCAUUCUGGUUGCCGUCAACAACCUCUGCUCCUGCGACUCCAGAAGGGUGGACAUUGAGCCAGUAGAGGUUGAAUAUAAUGAGACCAUGUUGUGCAACCGCCUGCUUCUCCAUCACUACCGAAAUCGACCAGGGCACUGCUUCAACUACCAUCCUGAAGAACACGAGAUCAAGCAGUGUGGAGGAGCUGGCUCUCUCACCCUUCCAUCAGCGGCCAUGUUAACACUGCUGGUGCUGGCACAUGUGUGUAAUACCCUCAAGCUCCACUCGUGAUAGUUGUGUUGACUACAGUAGCAAAGGCAUGUGGAGGAAAACAAAAUCAAUGGUGUUAUGUCGAAGUAGUGUUUCAUUUGCUUCGUUUAGUAUUAAUAUAUUGGUCUACAUUGUGAUCUAGGGAAGGGGAGAGAAUUUUUUGUGUAUUGAGAGCUUUUUUUAACUAGUUGUGCAAGGAUGAGUAUUUGAGAGGUUGAACUCUGAAUAUGAAUAAAUCUGUUAUAAGACCUACUUAAUACUCUCUUUAUAUAGGGGACAUUUCCUCUUUCUCGUGUGUACAUACUGUGUGAUUUUCUUAUGGAUAUACCAGAAGGUGCAGUCUGUCAGGAAACAACACUCCUAUCUUAUAAUAGCCAGAGUCUGAAAAGUUUGUUUCUGAACAUAGCAGACUGAAUGUUAAGAGAUAAGGGCUUCGUUCAACCAAAAUAUAUCCUAGAGUUUUUAGAAUAUUCUUCACCAGCGAUCAAGUGCAUCCAUGACAAGAAGAGAAAGCAGAAAAUGGCAAGGCAAGAUACUGCAGUUGUUCCAGGGAAAUCUCAAUUGGCUCUUCCCACAUGGAUGAGAACCCCUAUUUUGAACUGCUUAAGUGACCCAGUCCAGUGUUGACUUGUAAAGAAGAGACAAUACAGUUUUUUUCUCUCUCUCUCUCACUCUGGGAGUGUAUAAGAAUGCUCCUCUUUUCCAGGCAUGACACCCCUAACCCACCUUUAGCAUAAGGUUUAAAAUUCUUCAGUCUUACCUUGUGCUGCUGGACCUUGCGAAGAGGGUCGGUGACGCACUCUUCGGCUGGAAUGUUUAAGAGGAAAUCCUUUUUGGAAAAAGUGUUAUAAAAAGAGACAGCAGAGUCAAUACUGAAUUGGGAAAACAUACUCAUAAGGAAAAUAAUGAUGAUGUGACUUUUUUAUCUUUGUACAUAUAUCAAAUCAGUGAUGAUUGGUUGGUUUGUGUAAUCAUUGUGUUUCUAUGGACAAUACUAAAAUAUCAAUGCUCCUAUAUUACUAAGAUAAAUAAGAACCUCAUUACGUUGUAAACCCUCACUUUAUUUUAGUCACUGUAUUUUUCUCAUCAUUUUUGACACCUGAUUCAUGUUUUAUAUAGUACCAAAAAGGUCUUUUUUGCUAAUAUCAAAUCUUAUGAAAAGUAAUAUUACAAACUUCAAUGAGGUAUUCAAAUGGAGAGUACUAUAUUUAUUAAAAAAUAAACUUAUAUGUAGUGUAGAUCUAUCAGAUAAUUUUACUAGACAUUUUGGCUCAUAGACAGAUAGUAAUCUUCAUUUUUUACGAGAUGAGUUCAUGCCAUUUUAUGUUUUGUGAUUAGAGUUUAGGAAUUUUUACCGAUAGGAAAUCGUAGCAAGAUUCCCAGGUGAAGAAUAUUUACCAAAAAUAAGAAUCCAUAUCAAGGGAGUGGCAUAUCACUCGGGUAAUUUACACUUGUUAUACUUUAUACUUUUUAUUCUUACCUCAAGAAGGUAAUAUCAACUCAAUUGUGAUGUUUUUUCUUUAUUGUUAUUAGUGGUUUAAUAUUUUUUCUUUGAUCCAAGACAUAUAAAUAUAUAUAUAGAUAUAUACAACAGUAUUAGGGGCUUGAUGCCUCAGCUGUGAUGACGUGUAAUUUCUGCUACAGUAGGAUGGUCUUGUUAUCGCUUGAAUAGCAGUACAGUAUCUUUAGGGAUGUUUGUACAGCUGAUUUUGUUGCCCCGGAAAAUAAAAAACAAAAAGCAUUAGAGAUUAAGACAUGACUCUUAAAUCUUUUAGAUGAAUUUCUAAAUUUCAAUAAAGUUAAGCUGAAGGGUAAUAUAACACAAUUACAGAAUUGGAGAGAGAUCAAAGAAAGAAAAAAGAUUGUGGGAGGAAAUUAGUAUGCUAAAUUAUUUAAACAUUAUCAUAAUGAGCUCUGGCACAAGAACUCAAAAACCCCUUGUUUCCUAACAUAGAUUAAUACGUUAGUUCGUCAGCUCUUCUAACAGUCCCUGAAGAUGGUGUCUUGCUACCAUCUCUUAGUUUUCAAAGAGGCAUUGGCAUGACAAAGUUUUGUUUAGAAUUAGCAAACAUUUGGUAUCACAUUUAUUACACUUAAAAGGAAGAUACUAUUAGAUUGAAGGUUAAUAAUUUUCAGAUAUGUAAAUAUUCAUCAUGAUGUGCUAUACAUGUACUGUUGUAGUCGCAUGGUAAACUGGAGUCCAUAAUUCGAAACUAGAAGAUAUUUAAGGAUAUUUAAAAAAAGAAUCAAGAUGGUUUUAUUCCAUGUGGAUAAUUACAUACUCUUAGUAACCCAUUGUACAUGUAAAUUACUGUACGGUAUUGUUUUUCUGAUCUUAUAACUUGUACUUGUUGUCAAGUUUCUACUGGAUGAUAGCCCGGUUGCUGGAGAAUUGCAUAGACAUAUUCAGCAAGAAGAGUAACGGACUUCACACUGCGUCAUCUUAAAACCAGUCACAGGCAGCUCAGACUCCUGGUUUGGUCGAUCCACGUUCAUGCUCACCUACGAGAACUUGAAUGCCAUUAUUCUUCCCAUAGAGAUAUGUUAUGCUCUUUUCUCUACCUGUUGUGGAUUGCAGAUAAAUGUAGUUGCGUUAUGAGAGAAAAUUAUUCAGUUAUUAUGUUCAUCGGGUGAAUGAUCCGAUGUGAAAUUAGGGCAAAUAAUUCAAGCUUCGCUGCAGUUUUAUGUCAAAUGGCCAUUAGAGUUAAAAAAAAAAUUGUUGAAGUUCGUCAAGGUGAAAGGCGGCAUUUUAACUGGUAAUUAUAAACAUUCAUGAAGUAUUUUGCUUAUGAUCUGCAGCCAAGUGUCUUUCAAUUGAUAAUGUGUACAUGCUGUAGCAGUUUAUUGAUGUGCAUACUUCUGUGUAUGAUUAUAUGGCAUAACGAUAGUCCUUUGUUGAGCAUAUUGUGCAUGUAUACUUAGUACAUAUAUUGUUUUCAUGGUGCACAUAUUUGAUCCUACUGUUUCCUGUUUGUUGUUAUUUUCUAGUUAGUAUAUAUUGUGCAUCUCCAUUUUCACUUUAUCAUAACUUUCCCAUUUAAUUACAGGAUGCACAUUGGAAAAAUUGUUAGAGUUAUGUCCACUCUCAGUUAACCGCAGUGUAUGUACCGCAACCUGAUUAGUACAUACUUGUAUUAUUUGUCCUGUUUCGACAUAUUUAAAUGUAUACCUGCUGUUUCUUUUUAAGGAUUUUGUGUCACAAUAGCGACCAUAUUUCUGGCUGCCAGGUGAUAAUGCAGGUGUAGAUAUAAUCAUUUAUAUAUUAUCAUUUGUAGACCAUAGGUGAAAAUUGUCAACUACGGGCUUGUGUGCACUGUAAACUUCUUGAAUCUUUGUUCUUGUGGUAUUUCUCCCGUGGAUUUUCUUUCUCAUCUCUUUCAUGUGGGUUCCUUCUCUAUAAACUGCAUAAUAUGGAAAUGAUCCCUGUAGGUAAUUGAUGAGUAGUGGAGAAAUUUUGCUAAUACAGAAAUUACUGAUGCUUUAUAUAGAACUGUGUAUGUCUCCACUUUUAGCGAGGAACUUUGCCUUCCGGCCAAGUUUCCGCGUCUGAAGUUGGCAAUCAGUUAUAAUACUGUGAGGAAAUUAGGAAGAUUUAGUAAACCAAGGAAUGUUUAGAAUACCUUCCAUGCAAUUAUUUCAUGGUACCAUACUUCAGAAUUUAUUUAUAUAGGGAAAUGCUACCUUGUAUUAUGACAGAAUCCCUGCAUUGUAAUUCAUUUCAUAAUGGGCAAUUUUAGGUACUAUAUCAGUUAAGGGCCAAGUUAAGAAGGGCGAGAGGUCUCCCAGACUGUGGACCAACCAGCACCCCGCACCAAUUAGAGUCUUGUCCUCAACCCACCAGGAACUCUCACCAAUCACGUCUUGCAGACCUAUACAUUAUAUCAUUACCUUUUUAUAGAAAGCAUUCCAGGCAUGUUUGUACUGCUGUCACUGUUUUGGAAUGCAGCUAAAGCAUUGGGGCUUUGAUUCAGGUUUGGAGAAGAUGGCUAAUCUUUCAUACCACUAUGAUUAAAACACACACACACACACACACACACACACACACACACACACACACACACACACACACACACACACACACACACACACACACACACACACACAUGCACACAUGCACACAUGCACACACACACAUUCUCUAUCUGAAUCAAGCCCUGUUCCGUCAGUAAAGAAAAAAGUUCCUCAAAACAACAGAGUGUGCUUUAACUCUCUUGGUCAUAUCUUGUAUUGGAAAGCUCUUGUAUGACAUCUAUACUUUCCAACUAAGGCUUUUAAAAGCUGGUGCUUUAAGAGGUUAUCAGGACAAGUUUUUUUUUGUCAUUGAUUUUCCUCGACAAUAUUCCUCAGGCUGUGUGUUUGGGCCUUACCCAGAGGCACACAGAAGGGGGAUGGUAAGUCAUCAUGUUCAGCGACGAACUCUUCAAGAAUCAAGUUUUGAACACCUUACAGUAUCAAGUAGUAUUUAAAAAUGAUUUAUUGGGAAAAAUUUAGAUUAUGCUUAUGAAUGAACUAGGACUGAAAAAAGUGAAUGGAUUAUAAUCCUUUAGAUUAUCAUGAGAAAAGCAGGUAAACCUAAUGAUUGUUUCAUAUUUGUUAGAUGUUUUCUCACCAUUCUUAAAUUGAAUAUAAAGGAAUUACCAUCCCUCAUUAGUCAUGCAUUGUCCAUAUAGUGGCCGUAGCCAGAAAGAUUCAUGUGAGAUGACUGUCCAAAAGUAAUGUAAAGAUAUAUUUUUGAAGAAGAUACUAGUGUAAGGAUAAUGUAAGUUUUUAUUUCACUUUUUUUCUCCAAACUGAGCACAUUCGCACGACAAAAGUCCACUAAUUAACAAAGCACUAAAUCUGAACUAAUCCUUGAAGCAAAUGCACCGAUCCUCUCCAGGUCUGUAUAGAUCAUCCUGCACGAGUCAGCUCCGAGUUCGUAGAGAGAGCACACACCCCAAGACGGUGCCGAGGAAGCAUCCGUCACACAUCAAGUGAGGGGAGACCUUUCGCCCUGGGGUCAUUAGUGAGGGGAAGCUGAUGACCUGUAUCCGCGGGUCAGCUUAGGUCAGGUACAGGAGAACCACCUGCUCAACUCCAUCAGAAAUUUUUGAAAUACUAUGUGAUGAAACGCCAUUUCAAUGGAUUUUUUAGGUCAUUCGCAAAUAAUGUAACCUGCAUAAUAAACUUUAAAAAAAGAAUCUCAGAGCAAUGAUAUUUUUUCAAAGACAAACUUCUAGCUCCUGGUUUCUGAAGCAGGGAUGAAUAAUUAUUUUUUUCUGUUUUGUUUUUUAACCAAAUAUUUAACAAUGCUUUGGGGGCAGUGAGUCAAAUGGUUCAGUGGGCCUGAUCUCUGACCCGUAGCCGGGAGAACAGUGACCUGAACGUCUUGCUGUUGUCUGACCAGCGCUGCCUGAGGUAAGCUCAGCGGGAAUGUAGGAGUAGAGUGGAGUCUUGUAGGUCAAUAUUACUUGCCUUGCAGGUCACGCACAUCUGUGUCCACCCAUGUAGCUCUCUUGCAAGGUCAUUGGCUUAUCUUUCAUCAGCCUUUGACUUUUUUUUUUCUUUUUUUUUGGCAGUCAAACAGGCAAGAUGUUGAUAAUAUAUAGAUCAUAGAUAAUGCGUCCCGUGUCAAUGUCGUAAUUACUACCACAGAAGUAUACUAUAUAUGCUGUGACUGUAAUGAUCUUAUAGUUACUCAGCUUUCAUGAUGUAGUCACUUCCCACCUACAGAUUGUGUCAUGUUGAUUCAUAAAGAAAUACAAGUACUGAAGGUUUCCCUUUGAGAAUGUGUUUUAGAAACAAGUCUCCACAAAAGAGAUGAAUUUUAGCAUCAUCGAGAUCAAAUAAAUUCAAUAUGAUAGAAAGGCCAUAGACAGAGCCGGCUGGUCGAAGCACUUGGCUACACAAGACGCGUGAUAUUAACCCUCAAUACUCGACUUUCAGCAUUAACUGUAUAGAGCGGGCAUCCAAGUGAGUAGGUCACACUAUAAACAUUGUGUAGCUAUUUUUCACAAGUGCGACAUCAAGUAUAACAAAGAGGAGUCUUUUUGUGGGAAUGGCUGCAAUCUGUUGAAGACAGAUGAGGAAGAAAAAAAAAUCGAUUUCACUUUCAUAGAGCAGAUCUAAAAGGCCUCCACACUGAGGUUGUUUUUGGUGAAGACAAUAUGGAUAAUAAUCGCUUCAUUCUUUAUGUCCGCGGAGGUUGCCGAAUACAACCAAAAGGUCAGUACGCCCAAGGGAUGUAUUAUGAAAGUCUUUCCGGCCAUAAAAAGUGUUUUGAGCAGUUUGCACAUUUUAGCCAACAAAAAUGCGCCUUAGGUCAGGUAGUCACGAUUCCCAGGCGGUGCUCGAUAGUAACCUUCUCUUCUUUGACUAUCUCGGCCGAGUUGGAUACGAGGAACACAGUCUUUUCAUUCUCAAUUCAUCUCCAUUUGUUCAUGGAUGAAUCAGGGGGUGGGAUCAGGUAGAAAAAUAUAAAAAUAUAUAUACAUAUACAUAUAUGAUAACCAAAUACAGUAAAAAAAUAAAAAAGAAAUGAACUCAUUGCUUAAAAAAGUGUAACCAAUGUGUAUUAAGUGUUCAUCUGUUUCUCAUUAAGAUGGAGAUGUGUGGUUUUGUAUAACCGACCUUUCUAAUUCCAGUAAAUGACUUUUUGUGUCCUGGAAAUGAGUGUUCCUGUUGUUCCAGUACCGGCGUGGCUUUGAAUUGUCCCGGCUUCUCUUGUUUGUCGAUGUUGCCUCGGUGUCUGAGUGCUCUGUUUAUGUUCGCCAUUUUCAUUUUCAUUUUCUAUGGAAGUCCUCCACCUCCACCUCCCACUCCCACUCCCUCCAUCUGCAAGAACUACAGACAUGUACACUCACGAUAACUAUUUUAUUUUGUGUUGAAUGCUUCUGUUUACAUGUGCGAAAUUAUAUAUAUAUAUAUAAUCUCAAAAACUCUUUGUCUUCCAAGCACAUGAUAACACGUCAUUACUUCCCACACCUUACACUGAAGACAGCGUAUCCAGAACCCAGAAUUGAACUUCAAAGGAGUGUUUCUAUGGAGUCAUCAACAAAUAUUUUUUACAAAUUACGAGCCACUAAUCGUGUCUUAAAACCAUUUUGAUAUUUUGAUAAUGCACCGAGGGAGAGCUAGAUCAUUAGUUAACAAAUUAAGAUGAAAGGACCCAGUGAAUCCUCAUGGUUGUUUUUGUCUAGAUUGAAAUUAGUAAUGAUAAUGCCAGUCAUUAAAUAAAGGGUGCUCAUCAUGUAGAGUCAAUUUUUUCAAAAAAUAGUAAUAAUCGGCCAUUGUUAACCAAACCCAUCCACGAGGAAAAUAUAUUUCACUGGCAUCCUUUCAAAAAAAAGAAAUAAAAAAAAGCGAGAGAGAGAAAAAAGUCCCCGCAUUUCACCCACCCCCCACCCCCCGCCACCCCACCACCCACCCUCCCUUUUUGUGCGUGUAAAAGUCCGUAAGUUGAUGACGCCACAACACCCAAGCACCACCCGCCCACAACACACCCACACGCCCACACCCACACGCCCACACCCACGCCCCCGGAGCACUCUAUCACCGACCCCGGCAUGGCUUCGUAGCUGAACUUUCAGGUGACAUGUUCUUCUAACCUCCCUGCGUAACGGUUUCUUCCAUGCGACGCCUUCACUCCUCACGAGAGUUUAUUUGUAUCUUGAGGACACAAUAAAAUGUUAAUUGUC